CGAGCAGAGCAGAUAGAUAGCAAGCUUCGAAAGGUAGCUCCCUCCCCGCGGGAGGCUCGGCCACCAUUUAUCCCCUCCUAGAAGCAUCCUGAGGCACGUGCGAGCAGUGCACGGCAUGCAGGAGUUCCAGCCCAUCCCCGGCCUGACCGGGCGGCUGUUCGGCGGCGCGGCGGAUCGUCCGGCGGGCCUCCUCCGCCGCGGCGGGGAGGCGGCGGCGCAGGAAGAGGUGCGGUGCCCGCGGUGCGACUCGGCCAACACCAAGUUCUGCUACUACAACAACUACAACCUCUCGCAGCCGCGCCACUUCUGCAAGGGCUGCCGCCGGUACUGGACCAAGGGCGGCCUCCUCCGCAACGUCCCCGUCGGGGGCGGCUGCCGCAAGCCCAAGCGAAAAGCCGCCGCCUCCUCCUCGGACGUCGACAAGGACGGCGCCGGGGCCAGCGGAGACGCCAAGAACGCGCACUCCGGCUGCAGUGCUGGCAGCUCAAGCACCACCUCCGCUGCCUCGUCCGCUUCCACGAACACCGUCGACGUUGGUGCAGGUGCCGCGGCCUACUCGAACGGCAGGAGCACGCCGGCCACGGGCCUUUGCCCAAUCACCUUCACGGCAGACGCGCCGCCUCUGCAGCCGCCGGCGCCGAUGUUCGCCGACCAGGCGGCCACGUUCGCGUCGCUCUUCGGGACGCCGCGUCCGGCCUUCACCUUCUCGGCGCAGCGAAAGGCCGAGGACGACGUCGCCCCUGCGGUCACACUCACAGAGCAGCCGUCGUCGGCGUCCUCCACUGCAGACAUGGCGCCGUUCUCCGCACGGUCAACUGGCGCGGCGACGGCAUCACAGUCAGACUGGCCACCGGCUACGAUAAUCGAUGCCGGGAUAUUCGACCUCGCCGGCGCCGUUGGGAGCGACACGACGUCGUACUGGAACACGGCGAGCUGGACGGACCCGGAUGGGAACGUGUACCUGCCCUAGCGCGACGUGCGGCGAGGAUCGUGCGCGCGGCCGCCCGCUCAGCUCCGUCGUCGCUUGCUCGAGCUUCGGUCCAACCGUCCAAGGCUUGUCUAAUCAUAACCACCGCUCUCUUAAUCUAUACUCAGUGUGCCGGCAGCUUGGCUGCUUCUGUGAUUCUUUCGACGUGGAAGUUUUGCACACAUGUGCGUAGCAAAUUAAGGCUGAAUUUCGGUUUUAUUAUUACUACGGGUUUGUUUCCAUUUGUUGAAACUAGUGAGCUACAAUAAAUCAGUGUAAAUAUCAUGAUCAGUACUCCUAAUUAUAACU